UGGCGCAACGAGACGCACGAGAUUAAAACCGUUGGAACGUUCCUGUGAUAGCGCACUGUUCUUACUGCGUUGGCAUUUUGUAGGUCUUCUGCGAUUGCGUUUCGCAUUUGUGAGGCGUAAGUGAGGCGUUACUUCUACAGGCUGUCCGCUACACUGGAGCAGCUGCCAACACACUUCGAAUCGAACUCGCGCGGGCUCACAGCCAUGGAAAGGCCAGCAAGACCAUACACAGGUUCGGAGGAAUCAUCUCAGUCGGAAAACGAAGAGCUUCUGCCACCACUCGAGGCAGUACGUCGACAACUGGACGCCGACCUUGCUCCAAGCUCAGCGCUGAAGGUGUACCUGCGUAUUCGACCGAGAGUUGGGGGCAGGGCGUUCACAAAUCCUGCGUUCCAUGCAUGUGAUGAAACAACUGUAGAGUCCACCAUCGCCACUCUGGAACAUCAACAUCAAAAACGUUUUAGUUUUACGAAGGUUUUUCCAGAGGGCUGCAGCCAGACGCAGUUGUUUCACGAGGUGGUGCGGGAUCCAGUUGAUGCCUUCGUGCAAGGAGCCAAUGUGUUGCUCUUUGCGUAUGGUCCUACUGCUGGGGGCAAGACCUACACCAUGCAGGGUCCACCGACUGACCCUGGAGUCGUGCCACGCACCCUUGAAAGAAUAUUCAAGCUGCUUGGGUCUCGGGUGUGCAAGGGGGCACCAGCGCGCCCCGACUGCUUUGACGACGUCGUCCCGCUCAGCGCAGAAGAGGAGGCCUCUGCGCUCUUGCGGAAAGGCAAAUUAUUGGACGAUAAGGCAUCCCGCAGCGCUGUCGACUUCAGUGCCUUCCGUAUGCCCUCGAAUAGCAGCGAUGAGUCCCUAAGUGACAGCUGUGACAGCAACUAUGACAAAGCACAGGUAUCGCUGUGGCUCUCCUUUUAUGAAAUUUACAACGAGCGCAUUUACGACCUGCUCCUCCCAUCAGCUGAGGCAGCCACAAAGAAAGGCGGCCAGCGGCGCACCAUUCUAAAGUUGGGUGAAGACCGGGCUAAACGCGCAUUUGUGCGCGGUCUCACCGAAGUGCCUGUGCACUCGGCUGAUGAAGCGUAUCGGCUGUUCUGCCUGGCGCGCAACAACCAGACGCUUGCCGAGACUGAACUCAACCGCAGCUCGAGCCGCAGCCACUGCGUCUUCACGGUGCGGCUGGUGAGCUCUAGGUUGGACAUCCAAAACUGGCACGUCAACACAAUGAUGUUCUGCGACCUGGCGGGUUCGGAGAGGCCAUCCAAAGCUGGCACUGAUGGGUCACGGCUUCGCGAAUCUGGCCGCAUUAACAACUCUUUGGUGGUGCUCAGCCGCUGCUUGGAGGGCCUGCGUAGCAACCAGGAUGCGUCCAAGAAGGCUCCGGUGCCCUUCCGAGAGAGCAAGCUCACCCAGGCGAUGCAGGCCUACUUCACUACGGGUGCGCAAGUCUCUCUGGUAGUAAACAUCUGCCCAGCCAUGUCGAUGCUCGAGGAGUCACUCAAUGCGCUGAAGUUCUCGGCUGUUGCCAUUGAAGUGGUGCCACAGCAGCUCGAAUCGCGCCAUGUUCGCUGCAAAAAGGCUGUUCGUCGGCUCACUGAGCGGUGGCACCGUGCAAGUGGAGGUGAAGGGCUUCGUGGUGGUUUCCUUGCUGAUGAAGGGGCAGCACCAGCAGCCUUGGAUGCAGAUGAUGCUGCAGAGCUCUUCGAGACCAUCGAGGCACUCGAGCGGGAUCUGGAGGAUACCCGGGGCCAGCUCGCGUGGGCGCAGAAGAUGGCUGCCGCAAACGAAGCCCAAGUCAAUGACUACAAGGGCCUGGUGAAACAGUUGGAGCAGGAGCUGCGCAAGCAGCGCGAUAGUGCUGACCGGGAGAUGGCAAUUCGCGUCCGCAAUGCCUGCGAGAUCACACGGCUUGAUCUCUACCGCCGGGCCGCACGAGACUCCACCAUGGACCUGCGGAGGCGCCUCGAGGCAGCAGAGCGCGAAGUCGCUGAACUCAAGGAAGAGCUUCGCAAACAGGCGGUUGCACAAAAUGUGACUGAACACAUGUGUGGCUGCUGGCACGUGCAAGAGACUUCGCCAGGAGCUAAUUCCAGCUGAAGUCGACGUUGCAUAAAUGUUCUUCAACAAUGUAUGGCCACUAUUUAAUGCUUGCCCUGUCUGCGGGCAGCUUAAAACGACUUUAACACGAUUUUAACUAUUUUAAAUACCUAGACAUGUUUUUAAUACGUUUAUCAAUGACUCCUGCCGGUGCACUGGCUCCACACCAGACGAUCACUAUCGGAGCUAGACCUGGGGCCGUGUACCACUCAAGUCUGCUCUUACUUUCUGUGAUCAUUGUAAAUAGAGCCUCCAUUUAUUUGGCGUUUGUCAUAUAUCUGGAUAGCUUUGCUUAAAAAUAGAACAUACAUAAAAGGCAUGUUAGACGACGACCGUGUUCACAUGGCCUCAUGCGCCGGUCAAGUAGGCUUGCUUAUACAAAAUAGAAGCUAACGUACAAUGUACACUGAUGAUCAGCAUCUACGUGCAUUAUUCAACAAUUCUAAUUUGAUAGCCACACGUGUUUCUUGAUGCUUGCUACAUUAAGUUACUGCCAUUGAGGAAAUCGGUGAUAGUAGUGUUUGCUAAUUGCACGUAUGCAUACUGACGGCAUCUGGGAAAUACAUGCUCGUACGAUGUGCGAACUCGUAAGCAACUUUCACUCGCUGCUGCUGCAUCUUGAUACACCGGCCCAUGCUGUUGUAUCAUUUUUCCCAUGCCGUGUACAGUGCCACUGCCUUAUUAGCCUUGUUCUGGAACUGUACAACUUGCACAUGGUGUUCCCGCACGUGUAUAAUUUCGAAAAACAUGUUGGAAUCUGUAUCGUAAUGGUUGUAGUCAUUUUCCCUCACUGCUGCUGGACUUGUCCUUAGAAAGACAUUUCGAAUGCUAGAUCAUGGGAAUACAUUAUAUUACAGAAGGACUGGUGCAUAUUGCCACAGAAGGGUGGUGGUGAGUCGGUUACCUCGCCGGAGUUUCAGUUAGUUCAAGAACAUUCUUUGCAUACUACCAAAAACAUUAGAGCUCUGAUACUGCGCAUGAUAAGAGCCAAUGAGACCAUGUGCCUUGCUCCUCAUGAGUCUGAUUAAACCACGUGUACCUUUUUUAGCACCCUUCUAUUUACCGUUGAACGUACAUUGUUUUAGUCGUCUUUUAUCUUAUGUACUGUCAUUCACCAUGUUAUCACUGUUAUGACUUGUUGCUCAGCGAAUUACACGUCUACAGCAUCAGAAAAUGUUUACUGGUCUAUUUUAUAGCGAGUCUUGUCUAAUCGUAUUACUAGUGCUACGCGGAACCUGUUCUACAUUUCCGAGUACACGAACACCGUGUGAUUACUCUGCCAUGUACCAAGAUACGUGUGUAAAUAGUUGAGACUUCACUCGCAAAAUUAGUGUCGCUCAUUGUGCUCGCUGCUGCGAGUUUUGCCUGUCUUCCUGGGCACAAUUUCACCAAUAAAGUCAGAUUCUUCAAUUUUU